UUAUUAGAAAAUGUCUAGGGUAAACAGAACCUCCAAGACACCCUUGAAAACGAUCACUCCUUAUUCUAAGACAAGUGGUGCCAGCGACAUGACCACGGUGAAUACGCAGCCGAGGUACAGCAACCUAAAGUUAUAUGAUAUGAGCUGUAAUACUUCCAGGCUCCGUAGGAAUAAGAGAAGAGUCAACCAGGAGCUAAGCCUCCAAACUGAGGCAGACAUUAAAACGAAUGAUAUCUCAAGAUUCCAGAUCCUCAAGCAGAAGAUCACACAGGAAACAUCGGAAAGUGCUAAUUCUGAGUUAAAAAAUGCUGCUUCAAAGCUGUCGAAAUCUGUUACAAGAACUUCGAGUAUUAGCAACAAGAAUACGAUGUCUAUCAGAAGAGUAAACUACAAUGAUAUUUUUAAAAAUCAUGUGUAUAAUAACAUUCCUUCGCUCCCGAAUUUCCCAAAACUGAAGAAGGACUCUUUAAAGGCCUCAGGAGAAAGCUCGACGGUUCAGCAAAAUAGAUAUGACUUUGAUUUCCCAAAUACAGAUAUGACCCUUGGUAUUUCUACAUCAUACAGUAAGCAAAAGGGAAAAGUUAAACUUGUAUUGGACAUAAACAACCUUAAUGAGGAUGACAACUUUGCUGAUAUUGAAGAACAUCUUGUCAAGCAGAUCCAGGAUGGGGUCAAAAAUCUGGCCCUUAAAUAAAAUAAUCGAAGCAAGGAGGAGGAAGGAUAACAAAUCAGCUGAUCCCACCAGUAUCCAAUACAAGCCUUACAGCCUCAACGACUACAAAAGGAACUACUCAGUGAGCGAUCCUAAGCCCUUAGGCGGUCUAGGGCCAAAUCCUCACAACCCAGAUUGGAAGAAGAAGUUUAAAGACAGAGAGAAAAUGAUCAACUUUGCAAAAGAGGCCGAGUUCUCCAACAAGCUCAGGUUAGUUCACCUCAAGAAGACAUCUCAGAGAGGAGUCACUACAAAAAAAUUUGGAGUUAAUGGCCCUAAAUACAACUAGAGUCCUACUGCCACAAUAAAUUGUCAUAAAUUUCAACCUUU